AUGUCUGAUGCCGACCCAACCUCGGAAGCCUCAAGCGCAGCAAGCGUAGCAAGCCCAGAUGUCGUUCCCUCGCCCUUUCUUGCAGAACUCGACUCGCUCAUCUCCCAGCAAACGGUCAUGCUCAAACUCCAGUCGGACAAAACCGAUUCCCUACGGACUCUCAACAACGAUAUAUAUCCAGUCUUAGAUAAGCUCAGAAGUGACUGGAAAGGCUCUGAUGCGGAGAGUGCGCAGUGGAACUGCUUGUUAAAACGGCAGUUCGACUACUGGGCGCGUAUGAAGGAGGCGUCAGCGCUACGUAGGAAGAUGACAGAUCUUGUACAUGAUUCGCAGCGGCUGAGAGCGGCAAUGCUGCGGAGAGAGAGUGAACAGGGCACUGAGCAGACACGGAAAGAGAGGGACCAGCUGCGUGACGAUGUGCGGAAGGAGAAGGAACUUCACCAUGUGACUAUGUUCGAGGUGGAAGCGCUCCGGAGGCAGCUGAAUGAGGAGAAGAAGCUCCAUGAGGAGACACGAUUGAUGAGAGAGCAGCAGAUUUCUGAGCAGAAUGACAUGGCGAAGGAACUUCGCGAGUUGACUUUGGAGGUCGUAUCGCUCCGGGCGCAGUUGGGCGAGGAGAAGAAGCUCCGUCAGGUGGCAGGAUCAAUGAGAGACCGGCAACCUUCUGAGCAGAAUGACAUGGAGAGGGAACUUCGAGAGGUGUCUUCAGAGCUCGUAUGGUUCGUGGCGCACUUCUGGGAGGAGAAGAACCUCCAUAUGAAGACGCAACUGGCGAGAGACCAGUUUUCUGAGCAGAAUAAUAGACAGAAGGAGCUCUGUGAGGAGUUGCGCAAGGAGAAUAAAGCAUUACUUGAGGAAAUAUCCAAGGGGAGGGAGGUCCGCGAAGAGAUGAAGAGCGAGAUCGAGAAGCUCCGUGAAGAGAUAGAGAGCGAGAUCGAGAAGCUCCGCGCAGAGCUUCUGAAGAAGAGAGAAGAUAUUCGUGAAGAGAUGAAGGGCGAGAUGAAACAGGGGCAGGCAGAGCAGGAAAAAUCUAGACGAGUACUACUGGAGCAGCAACCGAGGGAAAUGCGAAAUUCCGAGCAGACAACCGCCCGGGAUUGA